AUGGAUUCAACAUCAACCAAUAGCGACCAUGAAUGCAAUGAACUUUCAUUCCGAAACGAUUCAUCUCACACUAGGCAUGAACAAUUAACUUCAAACUCUGCAACGUUUAGUAAAAACAUUUCCGAACACACUUGUCCGAACACUGUUUCUAAAUUCCGAUCGUAUUCCAUUUCAAAUUCAAAACAAUUUUUAAAUUAUUUCAGAAAUGAAUUUUGUGAGAAAUUUCCCCAAACGCCUUUCGUGAGCUUGCAAGCUCAGAAAAUUUUCUAUCAUGAAGUUUUGCACAAUUUCCUUUCUGAGAAAUUUCCCAUUCCUUCUCAAUUUAAAUUAAAUGUAAUUAAAUAUUAUAUUGAAGUGAUUGAUAGCGAUGAGAGCGGAGCUAAUCAUGAAGGGAUUUAUGAUCCUUUAAUUGAGGAAUUUUCUGAAUUAAUGAUUCAAAAUGAAAAUUCUGGAAAAGAAUUAUUUUAUGAAUAUGAUUUGAAAGAAAGUAGUUUUCGAGUUUAUGAUUUUUUAACAAGUGAAAAUCCAAUUGCAAUUCGAAUUUGGCCACAAUUUGCAAAUGUUGGAAUGUCUCUUUGGUCUGCUGGAUUUAUUUUAAUAGAAUAUAUUUUGGCAAAUGUUGACGAUUUCAAGCACAAAAAUAUUACAGAACUUGGCAGUGGAGUGGGAUUGCUUGGUUUGGUUCUAAUGGCCUGUAUUGACAAGAAGAAUCGUGGUGUCAUUACUCUCACUGAUUAUUUACCAUGUGUUUUGGAGAAUUGUGCUUUUUGCUUGUCUUUGAAUAACAUUCCUUACCAACUCUACAAUUUGAACACAUUCAUGUACUUGCCACAAACACUGUACCGGAUGAGAAUGCCAAAAGCGAACGAGAAGGAAAUGUGGUUCGCUUAA